UUUGUGAUAGCCGCGCCUACACGUUCGUUACACAAACAAAAAAAAAGAAGAAACAAUAAACUAUUUAAUUUAAAUGGCAAACAAUUAAAGUGCAUAACCUACAAGUUGGUUGGUUUUUUUGUCAUGUGCAAUAUUAAGCAUACGCCGCGUGCUCAGUUCAGCAGACAAAUUGAGUGACUCAAGUGCAAUCAAAUCCAAGGCAAGCUGACUGACUGGCUGAUUCAAAAGCCAAGUUAUCCAAACCAAUAUACGUGCAGGCAAAUAAGUGCAACUGUCGUCCUAAGGCGCACACAACACAAAUCAGCUUAACAAUUGCACAAAGUGCAGCCCGAACAGCAUAAAUAAAUUCACUUGAAAUCAACAACAACAACAACAACAACAGCAGCAGCGACAAGGACAACAAUAACAACAAAUAUGGAUUACUGCAGGCUGCUGUUUUUGCUCAGCUGCUUUACUGUGGAUAUGCAGAGCAUAGCGGCGUUGUUUGUAACCGAGAUCAGUGUGCCCGAAAUUGUGGACUUUCGCGAUAAUGUGACCAUAUCCUGCAGCUACGACAUGAGCGGUCACACGCUGAACUCAGUCAAAUGGUAUAAGGAUCGCGCCGAGUUCUUCAGGUACUCACCACUAAUGCGUCCGGUCUAUCUGAGCUUUCCUGUGCCGGGCGUGCAGGUGCUGGAUGGCAAAUACUUUUGCAACGAGUCCACCUGCCGCGUUGAUCUGAGCCUGCUGGGUGCCAAGUCGACGGGCGUAUUCAAGUGCGAGGUGAGCGGCGAUGCGCCGCACUUCAAGCUGGCAGCCAAGGAGGACAACAUGACUGUGGCAGCCUUGCCGCAGAGCGACCCCCUAAUCGAUGGCUUCAACACUGUGUAUCGCUUGGAGGAGUUUGUUGGCGCCACCUGCACCUCAGACUACUCCAGUUUGCCCACAAAGCUUACCUGGUAUAUCAAUGGCGAACAGCCGCUGCUGGGUGAGCUACAGCCGAGCAUAGACACCAGCAUACCAGCCCACGAUUAUAUACUGCGUCGCCAGCGAUUGCAAGUGCACUUCUAUUUGCAAGGACAGCGCUUCUAUCGCAGCAGCAGGAUACUCACACUCAAAUGCGUGGCGGAAAUUGAUAAUUACCCGGAGCUGCGACGCGAAAUUGUGCUCAGCGCAUCGCUCGAUCAAUUCGAUAAUCUGAACAAUCAAAUGCUCGUGCAUGCGGACACAAUUUCAAGUGCGGCAAGGAAUUGCUGCGGCUUGGCAAGGACUAUGCUGAUGUGCAGUCUCAUUGUCUUACUACUGCUGACGACAUGCCGGCGACGCUGCCGCUCAUGAGCAGCUGGCAAAUCGCGCAAGGACGCAGCAGCAGCAGCUGUGGCAGCUAUAUCAACACAUUAGUUAGUUAGUUAGAAUAACAGACGCAAGCCUCGUGCCGAGUCCUUGUGGAGGCGUUUGUCACUUGUAUAUACAGCGAGAGUCCGGGGGGAGGGGGAGUAUGCAACAUUGUGUGGCAAAAGUUUUAAUUUAAUUUCGCUCGUGCGCCAAAGUGUUUGCUGAAUAAACUCAACUCGAGCAGCACAUGCGGCGGCAUUUGUACAUGAAUUUAGCUGUCUGAUUAAGCAAUAGAAAUUGCUGAAUGCCAAUGCCAAUUCUAACGUGUCAUAUUUAGAGACUCUUAACUUUUGUGUUAAUCACUUUGUUUGUAAAUAAUAUUUAUCGUUGCUAUUUGUUUAAGCAAAGUUGUUGAAUUUGCACUAGUUUGAUUUGAUUUCAAUUGCAGCUUCUCAGGGAAGCCAAACACACACAAUUUAAUAGGCCUAAGGUUAACAUAUUCAAAUUGCACAAGCUGAAGUGCUUAACAAUGCUUGAUACUAGUCAUACAAUUAAAAGUCACAUUUGUUCAAACACGAAUUUUUAAAUGUAUAUUUAAACUGUUGCUAAAUUGCAUAACACACAGACAAACACACACACACACACCUUUGUGCACAUCAAUUUCUCUGCAUUAUAGCAAAUACAAAUACAACAUUUUCGGCUAGUCGAAUGUCGAAUGGGACAUGCAUUUAAAUGAAAAUUUAAAAACUUAUAUAUACACUUAUAUGAAUAAGCGUAAAAACAACAUAUAAUGUUAUCAGUGGGAUAUGCAAAUGCUGUAAAAAUAAUAAUGCAUGCACAUUAUGUUUAGGUUAGUUAACAUUAAAAUGCUGUAAAUACAAUUUUAAAUAUUAUUAACAGACAUGCAGACACACAACUAUAAAUCAUGCUAUCAACAACAACAAUCGACUGUCCGUUGCAAACAAGCAAAAAAUAUUAAACAAAAAAACCAAACGCUGCUGUAUCGAGUAACUCAAAGUAAGUGACUAACUAAAUAUGCAGCUGCAGAAAAAAAGUUUGAAUUAAUGAGCUGCUCUAAAAUAGAAAAUUAAAAACAUGCAUACACUUACAUAUUUGUGUGUAUGUGUGUGUAUUCAGGUACAAGUGCAACUCUUAUUAAAAAAAUUAAAAUAAAAACCAAUUAAAGCUGGUAGCAUACACUACACAUUAAAAAUAAAAAAGCAACAGCAACAACAUAAAGGUUAGUUAAAAAGGAAACAACAUAAACGCUUGCUAAAACAAACACUGUAAUUUGAUAUAUACAUAUUUGAUUGAAAAGGUAAACAACAUACUACAGUCGAGCACUCGUUAAUCACUUUUUGUUGUUCAAUAAGCAAUUAAUAUAAAACUGAGCGCAUACAAAUUGCGCGCAAAACCGCAUGAAAUAAUUAAUAAAAACAAAAGAAAGAAAUAACAACAAAAUAUUUAAAAUAAAUAUCUCUGCAAAUGUAUAAAUUGAUUCGCCUAUUCAUUCGCACAUCUUUUGG